CUGACCAUAGAACUCCCAACAACUCUUCCUCAUCAUCUCGGUGUCUGCGCCUGUCGCCACGUGGCAAUCCAUCGCUCUCCUCUCACUUCUCUUUCUUCUUCUUCCUCCACCUUUCAGCCCAAUCACUUCAUGCAAUCUGCCAAAUAAGAUGCUGUACACUCUCAGUUCAGCCGUCUCUCCGGUGCUGUUCCUGGUUUUCGCUUCCUGACUCUGAUACUGACAUUUCCGCCCCAGAAAUCAUCCACACCUUCAAGACAUGGACGCUGCCAAGCGCAAGCGCCUGAAGCCCAGGCUUGAGCGCCGAAAUGCCAUGAAGAACAUCGAUUACCAAGUUCCCGCCUCCUUAGCUUCCUCCUUCGACGAUUCCUCGUCCCCAGAUUUUCAAUCUCCCUCAUCCCUCGAUCUUUCCCCUUCUCUUCAGAGACAAACCAGCAUCCGUGUCCAGGGAAUCGACGGCGAGUUCGAAUUGAUUUUCCGCAGCCUUGGGCUUUCUGGCCCGGACGACUUUGCCAUUCCAGUUGAUGCCUGGAAAGCCCAAAGGUCUCGCUAUAAUUUAAGUGCUAAAUUACCGGAUAAGAAGGUAGAGGAUGAGAAAUCGGUGAAACUUGAAUCUAGGGUUUCGAUUAAUCGUGGUAUUGAAGUGCCUCUUGAUGAAGGGCAGCUCGGGAAGAGUGACGUUCCAUCUGAUUCUAAGCCUCUUGGGGGUGGGGGAAUCAAGGGUGCUAGGCCUCCCGUCCUUUCAACGCCCCCAGUAAUGCUGCCGCCGGUCGUGGAUGACGGGAUAUCUACUUGGGAUUUAGUGAGGUCUUUGUCAGACGGUGUUGUUGAUAAUGAUUCACCGAUUCGUGAUGAGGGAAUCAUUUCUUCGGGGGAGGAAGAUGAAAUGCGCGUCGGAGCAAAUGAGGUUGGUGACCGAGGAAUUGAUGGUGGGGAAGAGUCGCAUAGUCGGAGACAUGGGGAAAGAAAUCUUAUUUCGGAUUCUUCUUCAUCUACGUCCCGUGAUGACGAAGAAAGUGAUGGCGUUGUUCACAAGGUUUUUGGUGGUGCUGACGAAUCGGUUUACAAUGUCUCUCCAAAUGGUUCAUUUAGACGCAUUUUCAAAUCUUGGCAAAAGGGGGAGAUUUUAGGGAAAGGAUCAUUUGGAACGGUGUAUGAAGGCUUCACAGAUGAUGGAUUCUUUUUUGCUGUAAAGGAAGUUUCUUUGCUGGAUCAGGGAACCCAAGGAAAACAGAGCAUUUUCCAACUUCAGCAGGAAAUAUAUCUUUUGAGUCAAUUUGAACAUGAGAACAUUGUUCGAUAUCUUGGCACAGACAGGAAUAAAAAUACGCUAUACAUCUUCCUAGAGCUUGUAACCAAAGGAUCAUUGGCAAAACUCUAUCAAAAGUAUCGUCUGAGGGACUCUCAAGUUUCUUCAUACACAAGGCAGAUUUUAAGUGGGUUAAAGUAUCUUCAUGAUCGCAAUGUGGUUCACAGGGACAUCAAGUGUGCUAAUAUACUGGUUGAUGCAAAUGGGUCAGUAAAGCUUGCUGAUUUUGGGCUAGCCAAGGCAACCACUAUGAAUGAUGUUAAAUCAAGCAAAGGCUCCCCGUAUUGGAUGGCCCCUGAGGUUGUAAAUCUGAAAAGCCGUGGUUAUGGCCUAGCAGCUGAUAUAUGGGGCUUGGGAUGCACAGUUUUGGAGAUGUUGACACGCCAGCCUCCUUACUCUCAUCUGGAAGGAAUGCAAGCUUUAUUUCGGAUUGGUAGAGGUGAACCUCCUCCUGUUCCAGCAUCUUUAUCAAAAGAUGCCCGAGAUUUUAUUCUCAAGUGCCUGCAAGUUAACCCUAAUGAAAGGCCAACUGCAGUCCAGUUAUUGGAUCAUUCAUUUGUAAAAAGGCCAUUUCUAUCUCCUAUGAGUCCUGCUUCUCCGCAUAUUAACAAUUUACGGUCUUGAGGGUGCUCUAUCUGUGGGUUAGCAAUCUGGCAUUUGUGUAUUGCCACCAAGAAGGUCUACACGUCCACCAUUUUCACUAAAUGGAGCAUGAAGGGAUACGGUUACUGCCUUACUGGGUUGACUGAGAAAUUAAUCUACAGGCUAGAAGCCAAUGAGAGCUUGUCAAAGUGGGGUGUUCAGGUGGAGGUAUCCCUUAGCACACCCAUUUUGGUAAGUCUCCAUUGAUUCCCAGCUCUAACUGGUUGUGUGACAAGUACAUGCCAGAAUUACUUAUAUUGAAUGGAGAGGAUUAUGGAAGAGGAUAGAAAUAGAAGGAUAACUCAGACCUUCCCCUUGAUUUUAUUCUAAAUCAAUCCUUCCUUCACCUUCUGUCGUCUAUUCUCCUCCAUUCUCUUAGAGCAUACCAUUAGCCAUUAGGCCAGUGGAAUACAGAUGAAAGAUGAAUACAAUAGAAGGUAUGCAGAUGUCUACUGAGCUGGGCCUUUCAAUAUUCAGCUAGUUUGGUUACAUUCUUACCCACCGUGCUUGCCUCUAGUGAAGGUAGAAUUAAAAAAAAAGGGGGGGGGGUGUGAGAUUAAGAGUUCAAUGUUCAACAUUGACGUCAGCUCGCUGCAGAAUGAAAAGCAGCGACUUCAUAUCAGUGUGGGGACUAGACACUCAUCAAGGAGAUGAAAGACUUGUUCAUCCUCGACCGAAUGCUCUGUGGCAGUUUACUACACAAUGAGAAUUAUGGCUAUCUUGUGCGUAAUUUUCAGCCUGCAGGUUUCAAACACUUUUUCUUUUGAAGUUCAUUUUCCAAAGCAAUGGAGAAAACAUCUUUUUCACCGGGAAAUUUUCAAGUAACUUCAAUCUGUAAACUAGGUCACUGAUGAUCUCAUAGUUGACUUGGUUUAUUUGCCUUUGUAGAUCAAUUUGCCCAAAGGUCAGAUCAAGAACUUGUGUGUGUGAUUGCUUUUGCAUACAAGUUAUGCAGUCUCAGAAGGUGUGGUUCAGGUUGUGAACUGUAUUUAAAUUACAAUCUGUGAUCUCAGCUGUCAAAGCAAACUUGUUAGCCAAAAGAAAGAGUUGGCCGUGUGUGGACCAACUGGCUAGGAGUGCCCAUCAUGGUAGCUUUGAGUUGCAAGUUAUGCAGACAGUCCCUAUUGAUUGUUUUAAUAUCUUUUAUUCUGAAGUACCUGCCAAUCGUUUGGCGAACUAGAUUUCUCUUUGUACUCUAGUUAUCAAGCUUAGGCUUGGCUUAAUAUUCAAGGAAAAAAAAAGAGUUGGCCAAAGGAAAAGCGGUCACUUCACGUGUGUGUAUUCUAUGUACCUAUGUGGACUAUUUCUGUAAUUAGAGCAUUGGUGGGAAUUCAUCACUUACUUGCAAUUAAGACGUGUGUAUAAUAACACUUGUAAUGUUUCUAAUCUGAUUCUUGAUUUCUAGUUU